GUCAUUACGCAGCGACAGCUGAGCGGAGAGGAAUGGAUCCGCGUCCCAGCAGGAGUUAGCCCAGCACAAAUCCGUCUCCAUCCUGUCCAUCUCGGCGUCCAUGACCCUCACACCCGGGAGGACAUAAACUACGCGCCUCAUACUCCCGGCUGAUGCCGAUAUUAUGAGUCCCCGCCGGCGGUGAAGGCGGGAAAGUGAUGGUGAAUUCUGUCCUGUCAGGGAAGGCUGUCGGAUUGAGGCGGAAGGGGGCCGAGUGAGUUCCGGCUGUUGUAAAGCUGUCAGGGACCGGGACAGGGACAGGGACAGGGACGGGGACGGUCUCCUGCACUCCGCCCGGAGCACCGAGCCGACAUGGAGCUGAGGGUGGGCAACCGCUACCGGCUGGGACGGAAGAUCGGCAGCGGGUCGUUCGGGGACAUUUAUUUGGGCACGGAUAUUUCAGUUGGUGAGGAAGUUGCUAUCAAGUUGGAAUGCGUGAAGACGAAGCACCCCCAGCUCCACAUCGAGAGCAAGAUCUACAAGAUGAUGCAAGGAGGAGUGGGGAUUCCCACCAUCAAGUGGUGUGGAGCGGAGGGAGAUUACAACGUGAUGGUGAUGGAGCUGCUGGGGCCCAGCUUAGAGGACCUCUUCAACUUCUGCUCCCGCAAGUUCAGCCUGAAGACCGUCCUGCUGCUGGCCGACCAGAUGAUCAGCCGCAUCGAGUACAUCCACUCCAAGAACUUCAUCCACAGAGACGUCAAGCCUGAUAACUUCUUGAUGGGGCUUGGAAAAAAGGGCAACCUGGUCUACAUCAUUGACUUUGGUCUGGCUAAAAAGUACCGUGACGCCCGCACACACCAGCACAUCCCGUACCGCGAGAACAAGAACCUGACCGGGACGGCUCGCUAUGCCUCCAUCAACACCCACCUGGGCAUCGAGCAGUCGAGGCGCGACGACCUGGAGUCCCUGGGCUACGUCCUGAUGUACUUCAACCUGGGCUCGCUGCCCUGGCAAGGGCUGAAGGCCGCCACCAAGAGGCAGAAGUACGAGCGGAUCAGCGAGAAGAAAAUGUCCACCCCGAUCGAGGUGCUGUGUAAAGGCUACCCCUCCGAGUUCGCCACCUACCUGAACUUCUGCCGCUCGCUGCGCUUCGACGACAAGCCGGACUACUCGUACCUGCGGCAGCUCUUCAGGAACCUCUUCCACCGCCAGGGCUUCUCCUACGACUACGUCUUCGACUGGAACAUGCUCAAGUUUGGAGCAAACCGGGCAGCAGAGGAAGCCGAGCGGGAGCGGCGGGACCGAGAGGACCGGCUGAGGCACGGCAGGAACCCCGGCGCCCGGGGAAUCCCCGCCGCAUCGGGACGACCCCGAGGGACUCAGGACGGAGCGCCACCUACCCCGCUCACCCCCACCUCGCACACAGCCAACACGUCGCCCCGCCAGGUGUCCGGGAUGGAGCGGGAGCGGAAGGUCAGCAUGCGGCUGCACCGCGGGGCGCCCGUCAACAUGUCCUCCUCGGACCUGACCGGACGGCAGGACACGUCCCGCAUGUCCACGUCACAGAAUAGCAUUCCCUACGAGCAUCACGCCAAGUAGACGCUCGCCACGUCCUCGUGUGACGGCGGCACCGGAUGGUGUCCGGGGUUUCCCCCGCCGGCCUCCACCUCCUGGCUCCUCGAUGAGUUCCCAGAGCGGCUCCUGGCCCGGACCCGGACCCGGCCCCGGACCCGGACCGGGCCUCCGUCUGAGCGGACACCAGCAGCUCCCUGAGCGACUCCUCUCUGAACUCUGUACUAUACUGUCUUUCUCUUCCCUCUGUUGGUCCGAGCGCCCGGUUGAACGGCGACGCUUCAGAGGAGGCGGCGCCGGGUGAAGCUGGCGACUCGAGUCCAAACCGCGCAGUGUGUACCCAGCUUUUUUUUUUCUUUUUUUUUUUUUUUAAGGUACGUGUUGAAAGAAGUUUCCUUCACUGUUAGUUUGUCAGCUCUGAGCGGGAUGAGGAGGCGAGGGACUGGAGCGGUCCUCUCCCCUGGGCUCUGCACAGACACGUCCUCCUCUGGGACCCUGGGACCCCGCGUCGAGCUCCGGUUUGGCCCCGGGCCCCCAGCAGUGUUGCUUCUGUUCAUUCCUGCUCCGCACUCAUUGAAAGGCAAUAUGACAGCAGCGCUCCGUGAGGUUUAGGAUGUUUUCCACUGUAUUUGUGCUCUUAAUCUGUAAAUAAAUGAAUCACUUGUA